UGACUUCACUGUCAUGGAGGUUAUCAAUGACUUUCGUUUUUUUCGUCAUUCCACACCUUAAACCCAAGCUAACAGCAUUCCAAAUUAUUUUCUGGCCCCCCCAAUAAGCGACUUUUUUGUGCGUCUUUUGAGUUGAUCUAACCGAAGAAAUUCAAAAUGCAUUUUAUAGCCGCUAUAACAAACUUGCUGCUCAUUGUAGCCUGCGGAUAUGCAUUGUAUGUCCUGGAACCCGCCCAGAAUCCAUACGGCUAUUUGGCGGCAUCCUUUAGCCUUGUCCACGGACUGCUGGGCUUAGUGCGGGCUUAUCAGGAGGAGGAGGACGAAUGCGGUCGUGCAUUUGUAUUUUCAAGCAGUAUUCUGGAGGUGAUCCCCCUGCCGCUGGCCAAUAUCGAGUUCUACCUAAUAUCCGAUCUAUCGCCACUUGCGAUGGUCCAUGCCCUCUCGCUGAUACCGCUCCUGUACGAUGUGCUAGGGAAGAUGGACGAUGAAUGGGACACCGCCACGGAGACUCUGAAGGAUUUGGCUCUGCUUGCCAAUAUUGCUUCCACUUCGUAUCUCGGCUUCGAGGAUGAGAAUGAAAUCUAUUACGCGGUAGCGGGUCUGGCUUUUUUGGCCAGAUACGGUGCAACUUUGGUUGAUUACUUAAUAAAUGGUAUUGGCGUGCAUGUGGCUACAUUGGGAAAUGCUGGAAUCGUGGCCUUAAUGGCCUACACACUUACUAACUGAUUGCAACAAUAAAAUAUUGGAAUUUUUAUAA